AUGGAACUAACCGAUCCCGAGGAGUCGUCUGAUUCAGCGACGUUUGCCAUUCACUCAAUGCACCUGGCAAUCUGUACGGCAGCGUUCGCAUUCAACUCGUUUCUUCUCUAUCUUCUCAAUAAGUGCUCGGCUUUUCACACUCAUAUGAAAAUAAUAAUGAUCAAUCAAACGAUGGCUGUGAUGGCUGCCGACGUCUAUCUCCUACUCCGCUCCACGCUCGCAUUGUUUCAAAGUUACGGUGCUAAGGGUACUGUACCCGUCGACGAAUGUGCGUUCUCCACUUCCGUUCCAGACUCACUUUGUAUGCUAUUCAUUUGGUUUCCGUUCUUGUUGGUGGUUGAGCGAUUCUACGCAUCACAAAACUAUCAGGACUAUGAGAACAAUGAGGCACCAAUCAUUUUUAAACUUUUGUGCGGGGUUAUGUGGAUCCCAAUGGGUGCAGAAAUCAUCGCGUUCUGCUUCAGUCUCACUUUCCCUUCGGAGGAUCUUCACGGUUGCCAAUACACAAGACAAUCACAUAUGCAACGAAACGCGUGGUUUGUCAUUAUCGCCGUCUUCUCCGCAAUCUUUUCCUUGUUCUUUAAAGUUUUGGAAUUGAUCAACAAACGCAUCGAGAAUCACUCUGUUCGCAACGACUACGUAUUCAGUUGCCGCUAUCAAAUCAGAGAGAACGUCCGGACAUGCCGAUUCGCGUUCUCCCUAUUGUUACUCUUUUUCGUAUUCUUCUUUAUUUUCUUCCUGUUCGAUAGAAACUUGGAGAGCCAGAAGGAGAUUUCAGCUGCAAGAAGGGAGUACCUCUUCCUAAUCUUCCCAAUGUUUGCCCUCAUCUACUCUCUCCACUUCCUCACCGCCAACUCUUCUCUCUUCGAAACAGCGAAACGUGCUCUCCAAAGUUUCCACCAUCAGGAGCAUGGUAAGUGUCCCCCUUGUCUCUAUAGUUCCUUUGUUUUGCACGCUUAA